GGAACUUUAUGGAGUAAUACAAUUAGGAUAUUUUAAAUAAGAUAACAUAGUAAUAAAUCUAAAAUAGAUUAAAACAUGCUUAGUUAUUAUAAGAACCUUCAUACUUCAAUCAGGAUUAGAUUAACUAUAAAAGAAAUUACUACAAAGACUUGUUUACUCUCGAGAAUAAGCUCAAAUAAUUUUAAAGAAAUGAUCUAAUAUAUAAACAAAAUGACAUAAUUAAAAAAGAAAGAAUUUAAGAUUUAAUAGAUAAAAGAAUGGAUUUAAAGCAAAAAGAAGAUUAAUUAUAUGAAUAAAUAAGAAAUAUAUAAAAAUUCUCUAGUAGCCCAUCAUUAAUUCGCUCAUAAUAAGCUAAUAAUUAUUAUUCUACACCUCAAAUUCCAAAUAAAGCUUCUAAUAAUAUUAAUAUUUUUACAAAUGCUGGUAGAACUGUCUCUAAUAUUUAAAACAAUUAAAAUAACCUUUUUAAAAACAUGGAUUUUAAUGAUUUUAAAAAAAUGAGAUUACUUAAUAAUUAGUAUUCAUUAACCGAGCUAGAAUUAGCUCAAAUUAACUAAAAUUUAUAAAAGUUUGAUAGCUUAGUAAAUAAGUAGCCAUACGUGAAUAAUAUAAUGAAGUUGAAGAGUUAAAAUGAUAUAACUUCUGAGAAACAUGUAGUUGAUUAUCUAAAAGCUUAAAUAAAUGAUUUAGAUUUACAGUGUACUUCUUUAUCCAGAAGCUCUCCCUAUUAUAUUGAUAAGCAGAGGCAAAUAGAUCACAUAAAAAAAAUAAUAUUCUUUAUAUAAAAUAAAAAUCCUUUCAAACCUCAAGCAGAUAUAGGAACUGGUUCUAACGAGCAAAUAAAUGGUUUUCAUAUUAACUGGGAUUUUAUUAAAUUUAUUCCUAGCUAUGUUAAAAGAGUAAAAAUCAAUUAUGGUAUCUUCAAAAGAGAAAGCACGUUUUUUACAUAUAGAACUACUUCAGAUUAUUAUGCUCAUAAUUAAAAUUAUUUAGAUAAUACACCUGACAGACAAAUAGCUGUAAUAAAUGAACAACAUGUCAUUCAAGGUAUGAUUUUAUAAGAAAAUGUUGUACUCUAUUUAGAUUUGUGGAUAUGGGAUGAGUCAGACUAAAAUUUAAUCAAAUAUGGGUGGUCUCUUUUAGACUUAUUCGAUAUAAAAGGAAAUUUUCUACCAGGAAAAUACAGAAUACCGUUCUAUCCGAAAGAAAUGAAAGCACACUCUUUAUUUUAAAAUGGACUUAAAUAUUUAAGUCAUAAUUGCUUUUGUUAUAUUAAUGUGUAAACAAGUAAGGAGCAUUUUAAUUUUAAUAAGUAAUAAUUUGAUUACGAAUCUGAGUACUAUAUUCCUCCUCUGCACUUGAAACCUAUUAGAGAAGAAAUAAUAUAUCAACCAGAUAGCAUACAGAUAUAUACCUCUGCAGAUGAUAUGCCUUAAGUAGGAAUUCCAAAGAGAGAUAAAACCAUCAAAGAUAAGCUAGAUCAAAAAAAUGAUUUUAUAUAUAACUAACCAAAAGCAGAAAACCAAAAAAAAGAUGGAAAUAAUGAAAAUAGCAGUAAUAAUAAUUUAUAAAACUCAACUUUAAAAUUGAUUGAUUGAUUAAAAAUAAAAUUAAUAAAUUAAAAACUAUAAAAAAUACAUUGAAAAAUUUUAAAUGAAUUAAAUAUUUAUUACACAAAAUAAAAAAUGAAUAGUUUUAUAAAUAUUCUAAAUUUGUUUCCUCUCGCGCUUCUCUUUCAAAUAUAUUAUUAAUUAAUAAUAUUUUAAGUAUUAAAGGGCAGGGCUUGUAAAAAAGGUGUGGGAUUUAAGUAUAAGAAUUAUUUUUAGAAA